AGAGUAAAGCAAAGAGCAGAAUAAGAAAUAAAAUCGGAGAAGGACGCAAUUUACCUGAAAGCGAAAACCCUAGAGUCCCCUCGUGACGCUACAAUCGCUCUCACGCGUUUCAUUCACCUUCGGCAUCUUUGCAACCGGAUCAGGUGCUCGUCGUUCAGAAUGGCGGGGAGUGAAGCGAAAAAUUCUGGCUCAAAGCAAUCUGGUGCAAAGAAGAAGGAGGUGAAGAAAGAGACUGGCUUAGGACUUACGAAUCGGAAGGCUGAAAACUUCGGAGAGUGGUAUUCUGAGGUAGUUGUUAAUGCGGAAAUGAUUGAAUAUUAUGAUAUUUCUGGCUGUUAUAUUCUGAGGCCUUUGUCAAUGGCAAUAUGGGAGAUUAUGCAAGCAUUUUUCGAUCCAGAAAUAAAGAAAAUGAAAAUCAAGAACUGCUACUUCCCUUUGUUUGUGUCUCCUGGAGUUUUGCAAAAGGAGAAGGAUCACGUUGAGGGGUUCGCUCCAGAGGUUGCUUGGGUGACUAAGUCUGGGGAUUCUGAAUUGGAAAUUCCUAUUGCUAUUCGUCCAACUAGUGAAACUGUCAUGUAUCCAUACUACUCUAAGUGGAUAAGGGGACAUCGUGACUUGCCUUUGAAACUAAAUCAGUGGUGCAAUGUUGUUAGAUGGGAGUUCAGCAAUCCUACACCAUUCAUCAGGAGUCGUGAAUUUCUUUGGCAGGAAGGGCAUACUGCUUUUGCAACAAAAGAGGAGGCAGAUGCAGAGGUUCUUGAAAUAUUAGAACUAUAUAGGCGUGUUUAUGAAGAGUAUUUGGCAGUUCCUGUCAUAAAGGGUAAGAAAAGUGAGCUUGAGAAGUUUGCUGGUGGACUUUACACUACCAGUGUUGAGGCAUUUAUUCCAAACACUGGUCGUGGCAUACAAGGUGCAACUUCUCAUUGUCUGGGCCAAAAUUUUGCUAAUAUGUUUGAUAUAAACUUUGAAAAUGAGAAGGGAGAGAAAGCAAUGGUCUGGCAGAACUCGUGGGCCUAUAGUACUCGAACUAUUGGGGUGAUGGUGAUGGUUCAUGGUGAUGACAAGGGAUUGGUGCUGCCUCCUAAAGUAGCAUCAGUACAAGUCAUUGUGAUUCCUGUGCCUUACAAAGAUGCUAAUACUCAAGGAAUCUUCGAUGCCUGUUCUGCAACUGUGAAUACAUUGUCUGAAGCAGGUAUUCGUGCUGAAUCAGAUUUUAGAGAUAAUUAUUCUCCUGGAUGGAAGUAUUCAAACUGGGAGAUGAGAGGUGUUCCUCUAAGAAUUGAAAUUGGGCCCAAGGAUUUAGCAAAUAAGCAGGUCCGUGCUGUUCGACGUGAUAAUGCAGCAAAGAUAGACAUUGCUAGUGCUGAUUUGGUUGAGGAAAUAAAAAAGUUGCUUGAUAAUAUUCAACAGAAUCUGUUUGAUGUUGCCAAACAAAAACGAGAUGAAUGCAUACAGGUCAUACAUAGUUGGGAUGAAUUUGUGGAAGCUUUGAACCAAAGAAAAAUGAUCUUAGCUCCUUGGUGUGAUGAGGAGGCAGUUGAAGCAGAUGUCAAAGCAAGGACAAAGGGUGAGAUGGGUGCAGCUAAGACUCUCUGUAGUCCCUUUGAUCAGCCAGAACUCCCAGAAGGCACCAAGUGCUUUGCGUCAGGAAAGCCUGCAACAAAGUGGUCGUACUGGGGCAGAAGUUACUAGAUUACUGGAGCUAUAUCGGUAUUAAUGGUGCCUUGUCUGGAUUUGUGGUCAUACAAAUAUUCUUUUUCGUUUGCUUGAAUAUCUUCUUUUUCGACUGAUAGUUUUACUUUAAUUUUAUAUGGUACAAUUUUUAUUUUAGUUUAAAGCUGGGUAGCCGUCCAA